AUGCUCUCCAAGUUGAAACGAUACCACGACACCAAAGGGGUUGGGCAACUCCAGCGACAAAAGGUCAUCCGGGAAUGUGACGCUGCGGUUCGCGUUGCUGAUAUGAUGCGACAACGACAACUAAGCGAAAGCGAGUUAUACUUGGGUCUCCAGCUGGCCGGAACACUCUCUCAACAGAUCCGGCUCGAGAUCGCGGUCGUAUUGGAUCAUCAUCGGCGAAUGAGGAAUCCGGACCACGCGAGCGGUGAUUUUUCAACUGGCAUCGCGCGACUGGAAUCGCAUCACAAGAACCUGCUUCGCCAACAACAGUCGACAUACCCUGUCCAUGCAGAUGCGAUCGAAAUGACGUGGCGUAUUGACCAUACCCUCACGUACCGUGUCGAUCUGGACCUCUCGCCGACAACGGUCACUUGCGUCUCGGUAGAGAUGGAGGACGAAGCGGAUUGCGAAAUGGACACUACGCUCAUAGUAGGGACGAAGGGACGAGUCGAUCAUGAGUUUGUUGUGUAUCAGAAUGGAGAAACGUCUCAGAGGGAGCUAGCUGGCGGUGUCUUCUGA